UGCUGACGAAAACAUAGGAGGGUUUGGUUCGUGAUUUACAAUGUCGGGCCGAGGAAAACAAGGCGGUAAAGUGAGGGCUAAGGCAAAGUCUCGCUCCUCCCGGGCUGGGCUGCAGUUCCCGGUGGGUCGAGUGCACCGCUUGCUUCGCAAAGGUAAUUAUGCUGAACGAGUGGGGGCUGGAGCCCCGGUCUAUAUGGCCGCGGUGCUGGAGUAUCUGACCGCUGAGAUUCUCGAGUUAGCUGGCAACGCUGCUCGGGACAACAAGAAAACCAGAAUCAUUCCCCGACAUCUGCAGCUCGCUAUCCGUAACGAUGAGGAGCUCAACAAACUGCUUGGGAAAGUGACGAUAGCUCAAGGGGGUGUCCUGCCCAACAUCCAGGCUGUGCUACUGCCUAAGAAAACCGAGAGUCAUAAGGCUAAGAGCAAAUAAAACUGAUCGGGAAGAAGAAAAAAUCUGCAGUCCAAAUCCAACCCAAAGGCUCUUUUCAGAGCCA